AUGGCAAAAAAUUUUCUUCGGUUUGGAGUUUGGAAUAUUAAUAGGUUAAACGGAAAAUUAAAUGAUACAGAUUUUUUAUCCAAAAUAAACCAUUUUGACUUAAUUUCACUAGUAGAAACCUGGCUUCCCUAUGGGAAUCCAGAUGUUCACAUUGAUGGCUAUUGUUCAUUUUCUAAAUGUCGUAAAGAAAAAUCCCUUAGUUCGAGAAGAAAUUCAGGUGGAAUAACCAUUCUGGUAAAACAAUCCCUCCGAAAGGGGGUCAAAUUUUUAGAUAAAGGCAGUAAUGAAGAAUUUGUAUGGUGGAAAUUAGAUAAGACAUUUUUUAAUCUAACCAGUGAUAUUUUCGUUUGUUCAGUUUAUAUACCACUUCAAAAUUCCUCUCGAGAAAUCAGACUUAAUACUGAUCAUUUUGAAAAUCUUCAAAAUUACAUCCAUAAAUUUUCAGUUUUGGGUGACGUCAUUUUAUGCGGUGAUUUUAAUGCUAGAACAGGUACUCUAGAUGACUUUACACAUGUAGAUCCUUUUCUGAAUGAGGGAAAUUUAUCCACCAUUAUAGUAAGUAAACGAUUUUCGAGAGACCUAAACACAAAUUGUUACGGAAGAUCGUUAGUUGAAUUAUGCAUUGAAAAUAAUUCAGUUGCAUUGAACGGUAGGACUAAAGGUGAUUUAACUGGUCAAUUUACUUGUAAUACCUAUAAUGGAUCAAGUGUCGUGGAUUACGCUAUUGUUGCGCAGGAGUUAUUUCUACUCAUCAACAGUUUUACAGUAGACUACCCAACUGAGUUUUCUCACCAUUCUUGUUUAAAUUUCGUAAUGAGAAUCAAAACACCUAAACAUCCGAAUGUCAAUAUGGAAGUAUUGAAUAAAUCAAUAUCUUUUGUAUGGGAUGAGACUAAGAAACAAGAUCUUUAUGAUGUUAUGAGUUAA